CUACACGCGCGAGUUCGUCGAGUUCCUGAACCAGGCCGAAACCAUCUGCCAUGCGCGCGGCGCCGAGUUCGACCUGGACCGCAGCCAGGCCACGUGCAUUGUCAGCACAUUACUGGAUGCCCAGAGCACGCUGCUCAGUCUUCUCUACAGCCCAGCCGAGGAGGGUGAGCUGCCGCCGCUGGAGCGCCUAUACCGCGCCGUCCAGCGCAUAAGGCGGGCCCAGGGCUCCUCUGCGCGCCAGCUGGCUGACCUGUACCGCAUGCAUGCGCUGGAUGCGGCCACACUGGAGGUCGACGAGACGCGGCUGUGGGGCUCAACAUUGGCGUUUGUGGGCAGCGCCCUGGCCGUGCGCUCCGAGCUGGCGGCGCUGAUUAUUGCAGACGGGAUGGAGGCCAUCUCGCAAGACGACUGGCUGGCGCUGGCGCAGAUCCGUGUGCUGCUGCGCGUGCUGGAUGCGGGUGUGGCAGGAGUGGCGCGCGCUGGCGGCGAGUUUCCGAGCGCCGUGGCGGUGGCGCCGCUGUAUGACGUGCUGGCCGAUGACGUCGCUGCCUUCCUCGACGCCCCCAGUCUGCGCAAUGACGUGCGCCGCGCGGCCGAGGCCCUGCGCGACCACCUGGCGCAGUGCCAUCCGUUCCAGGCCUCGCCCAUCUACCGCUUCGCACCGCUGUUUGACCCACGUCUAAAGUCCCAGUACUACGCCGACCGCCAGUACGACGCGUCGUGGACUGCGCGCGUCGUUCGCGAUGCCCAGACACUGUGCGCGCCCUUCGCCCAAGCAGCCGCACCGCCGGCCCACUCCGAGCCUCUAUUGGCCAGUGAGCUGCGCGCAAUGCCUGCUGAUGUGCGUGCGCAGACCGAGUUGUUUGUGCGGCUGGGCGAGACUGCCCAGCGCCUGGCUGUUGAUGGCACCGCUGGCGUGGUGGCGGGCGAACCAGGAUGCGUAUCCGGCGAUGGCACGGGCAGUGCGCGAGUACCUGGCCAUUCCUGCGUCGAGCGACUGCGUGUCGAUGCUGGUGCGCGGCGAGAGCCCGUGCUGCCCGACUAUGCGCUGCUGGCCGCGCUGGACCGCCGCCUGGCGCCCAUGUAUGCCUGCCUGCACCAGUGGAGCAAGCAGGACGAGGUCAAUGGCGCUGCCUUUUGA